CACAGUUUUCUCUCUCUCUGGGAGGUGCCGUGAAGUGGCAUUCUCCACCUUCACGUCAUGCGCGUGACAAAGUGAUACUCAUUGGUUUACCUCAUUUGCCACCGCGAGAUGCUGAUUCUCUGACAUUAGGCACGCCAUGAUAUGAGAACCUACGACCUUGUUCUCAAGCUUCUAUUAGCGGCCGCUGUAGAAGGCAUACAUUUUACCCUGUAUAGAAGAUUCAUUCAGUCAGUUUGACACUUCAGGGAAGAUAAGAGGAUGGUGAUAAAUACGUGUACUUUGCACUUUUGUGCUUGGAGUCUACGACCUAUCUUUCCGUUUACCAGCAAGACAUAUGGCAUAGACUUCUGUGGAUGUGAGACCGCACAGAUUCGCUACAAGCAACUUCUACGAGCUUGUGUCCUGGAAUUAUUCCAUUUACUCUCCUUCGAAUCGAAAGUGUCUGCGUAUGAAUUCUAUCACAGUUUAGCGAGGCGUUCGGACAACACGGGAAUCUCACCAAUCAAGGAUCGUUACUCGGUGUUCAUGCGAAUGAUGCGAGAAUGGCGUCACCUAUUGCAACUUAUGCACACUGGCCGUGGCCAUGAUCCCAAUGGUAUUGAAGCCACGCCAGAUGGCGGGUGUGUUGUACAAUGUCCGACAUGUCCACAUCCAGGAAUCAAUAUUCCUGACGGAUGGGAGAAUUCGCCACCUGACAUUAGGUGGCGCUAUGUGUUGUUCCUCGCGAUUGAUGCAAACUUCCGGCUUAAGCGCAAGGCUAUAUCUAGUGAUGAUCGCGACCCGAGUCUCAAUUCAGGAAGGGCUUAUUUCGUGGAAGAACAUGCUUACAAACAGUUCCUGUCUGAACGCAGUACAGAACGGCAAGAGAGAAGCACCUGUGUGGGUCACAACGCAGUGAAUACCGCAGACACAAAGACAUCUCGAGGACUUGCAGCAACGGGAGUUGGAUCUGUUGUAUGCGCUCGUCAUGAGAUGAGGCUUCCCAAUAGUGUAGGUGACCUGCAGAAGGGAGAAAAAUAUAUAAACAUGGAUUACCUUGUCUUUUUGGUCCUCGUCAGCUUUGGCCUGGCUGUAUUUAACUUGUCUUACGACAUCGCCUGUCAGUGGCAUAAGAAACUCUGGUCUUGCAAUAGCAUGAUGCCCCAGCGACUGCAGUUCGACCACGAAAAUAAGAUUGUUCGCUUUUUUGUUCCCAAAUUCCACCUCAAAGCUCACAUCCAGUCUUGCCAAACAACUUUCUCGUUUAACUUCUCCAAAUGGGUGGGUCGGACGGACGGAGAGGCACCCGAAUGUGGUUGGGCAGAUAUUAAUCGUGCUGCAACUAGUACAAGGGAGAUGGGGCUGGGUAACCGUUGUGACACGCUCGACGAUCACUUUGGUGAUUGGAACUGGAAAAAAAUAUCAAUGUUGGGGCGGACUUUACUGCACAAACUCAAGGAGGCUGCUGCAGCCGCCCGAGCCCACCGUGAAGAACUUGCAGAACUUGAAGGUGCAAUCGAUGCAUCAACAUUAGCAUUGUGGCAGGCUGAUGUAGAGGCAUGGGAGGAAGACGAUACCAAACCAAACCCUUUCGAAAGUCGAGUUGUUUCAAUGACUCAAGCCAUGGUUCGCUUGGAAUUUGCGGAAUGUGAAAGACGUGACUUACAAGAUGGAAUUGAUGUGUCCCUUCAUGCUGAGAUUUCACCCAGCAUGCUCAUAGCAAAUGGACUCAAACUCGAAGACCAGCAGCGGCGGAUACGUGCAGACAGGAAAACAUUAAGUCAAAAUCCUACUGAUAACCAGAAGGCAAAACUUCAAAUGUGUUCGAACACGCUCCAGCGCAAACUCGAUGCCUGGGCUCAAGUUCAAAUAUUGUAUAUGCCCACAGUUGCUUCUCUUCGUAUCCGCGCCCAGCGCGAUGACAUCCCCCAGGACGAAAUGCCCGAGGACUUUAUUCUUUUCCUUCCAUCACAGCUCAACGCCAUAACUCCCUGUGAUCUCUUGCUGUGCCAAAUCGAGUGGCAGCUUCAAUACGCACAGGCUGAUGAUGCUCUGAACGAUGUUCAUCAGAAUGUCCGCCUGCAUGCUCAUCUCAAUACCUUCAAGACUCUACACAUCCGUGGCCAGCGAGCCAGUACCCAUGCACGCAGUGCUCUUGACCUCGCAGAGGCGAAAAAAUGUGGCAGCCGACUCAAAUAUGAAGCUGCUCGUGUGGCGCUUGAUAACCUUGGAGACCGGCUAGGUAUGGUAGGUUGGAGAGAUACAUUUCGGCUGUUAAAUGUAGCGGAUAUGAGACCUAUGGGUGAUGCAGGGUCUGCAGGGCAAUCAGAGGGAAGACGUGACAUCCCGUGGAUAUGGAAGGCACCUGGUGUCUUGCACAACAAUGACGCGGGUCUUCAAGAUUGUUUACGGGUCGAAUGGUGCAAGGCCAGAGCGCGAGCAUCCCGAUGGUCAGAAGAGUUUGCUUUGCUGAUUGAAGAGAUGCAAAGAGUACUGGCAUUUUUCCGCUGGGAAAUGGCUCAAUGGAACGGACGAGGUACUGCGAGGUCGUUUACUAAGGAUGCUGACCGAGAAGGGAGCUUUGCUUAUGCACAGCGCCAAAUAUCUGUUCAGGAGGGUCUGGUAAUACGUUUCUCGACGCUUUGGAGGGAUGCUCUCUCCGCCGUCGUCUCCGAGCUUGACCCGGUCCCUGAAAUCAACACUGAAAUGGCCGACGAUCAAAUGCCAUCAUUGGAAGGUCCUCCUUUAGAGGGUGAUGAUGAGUAG